UCACACACACACACACACGCACGCGCUCGCCUUAGAGACAGGUCACACUCAUUGUGGAUCUCGUAACCUCCGGUCUGCUACGCGUUUAUUUCCUUCCGACUACGAAAUGAAAACGGGGAAGUAGACGCGCAGUAACGGUGCUCCAUCUCUAUACACACACGCGCGCGCGCACAUUUACAUACACCGUGUGUGUAUUUGUGUUAGAUUAUAGAUUUUAUUGUUCUUUUCCUCUGUUGUUUGGUGACUAAUUUGAUCCAGCCGUGAUGGAGUGCUGGCGGCAGUGCGCGCUCUGGCUGAUCCGGUGUCGCGUGCUCCCUCAAUCGCACCGGGUCACCUGGGAAACGGCGCGCGCCUUCGACCUGGCACAGAGUCUCCGGGACGGUGUGCUGCUGUGUCAGCUUCUCAACAACCUCCAUCCUCAAACCAUCAACCUGAAGGAGAUCAACCUCAGGCCGCAGAUGUCCCAGUUCUUGUGCCUGAAGAACAUCAGGACCUUUCUGACGGCUUGCUGCGAGGUCUUCGCUAUGAAGAAGAGCGAGCUGUUCGAGGCUUUCGACCUGUUCGACGUGCGCGACUUCGGCAAGGUGAUUGACACUCUGUCCAAACUGUCCAACACUGCAAUCGCACUACAAACUGGAAUACGGCCGUUUUCGACAGAAGAAAGUGUGGAAGACGAGGACAUUUACAAUCACCUGGAAGACCUCAUAGAUGAGAAUGGCGUGGAUGAUGAAGAGGACCUGUAUGACUGUGUGUAUGAUGAUGAUGGUGGUGGUGAAGUUUAUGAAGACCUAAUGAAGAUGGAAGCUGGAGCUCCACCGAAACAGGCAGAGACAGACAUCAGGAGCUGCUGCUUGGCUGAGAUCAGACAGACGGAGGAGAAGUACGCAGAGACUCUGGAGUCCAUUGAGAAAUUCUUCCUCAGGCCGCUGGAGCAGUUUCUCACGGCGUCUGAGAUCAACAAGGUCUUCAUAAACAUUCCUGACCUAGUGAAAGUGCACAAGAGCCUCCUGCUGGAUCUGCAGAACUCCAUCGGUCACCAAGGUGCCAGUAACCUCUACCAGAUCUUCAUCGACUACAAGGAGAGGUUACUGAUCUAUGGGAAGUACUGUAGCCAUGUCGAGACGGCCAUCACCUACCUGGAUGAGCUCUGUAAAGAAAAAGAGGACGUGAGACAAAAACUGGAGGUUUGUUCCAAAAGGGCGAAUAACGGGAAGUUUACACUCAGAGAUCUCCUCGUCGUGCCAAUGCAAAGGGUUUUAAAGUAUCAUCUACUUCUCCAGGAAUUAGUGAAACACACUAAUGAUGCUGUGGAGAAGAGCAACUUGCGCAGCGCUCUCGAUGCCAUGAAGGAUUUGGCGCAGUAUGUGAACGAGGUGAAGAGAGACAACGAGACGCUGAGGGAAAUCGACCAGUAUCAGAAAUCUAUUGAGAACCUUAAUCAGCCUCUGUUAAAUUACGGGAGGCCAAAAGGGGACGGUGAGGUUCGAGUCUUAACGGUGGACAAACGAGCCAAACAGGACAGGCACAUCUUCCUGUUCGACGCUGCCGUGAUUGUGUGUAAGAGGCGAGGAGAUGUGUACGAGAUGAAGGAGGUGAUCGACCUCCACAACUUCAAAAUCACCAACAACCCUACCUCGGAUAAAGAAAACCGCAAGUGGUCCUACGGGUUUUACCUCACACACAACCAGGGACGGAGUGGCUUUGAGUUCUUCUUCAAGACCAAAGAACUUAAGAAGAAGUGGCUCGAGCAGUUCGGCAUGGCCAUCUCCAACAUUCACCCGGAGAACGGCACCAGCAACCAGCAUGAGUUCCGCAUGCACACGUUCGAGAGGAUCACGGCCUGCAGCUCCUGCAAGAUGUUGCUGAGAGGGAUCUUUAAUCAGGGUUAUCAGUGCAGUAAAUGUGGAGAAGGAGCUCAUAAGGAAUGUUUGGCCCGAGUGCUACUGUGUGGAAAAAACAGCGGAUCUGAUAUGGGAUCUUCCCGGACACAGGACCGAUCACACAGCCGGAAAGCAGAUCCAGGUUUGCCAAAAAUGUUGGCUAUAAGGAAUUACCGUGGCGACCCCAACCCACAGUGUGGCCCCGCCCUGAACAUCCAGCAGGGUGACAUCAUCGAGCUGAUCCGCGCAGACCUGCACAGCUCCUGGUGGCAGGGCAAAGUCUUGACGACAAAGGAAGUCGGAUUCUUUCCAAGCGACGCGGUGAAGCCUUGUCCGUGUGCCAAACCUUUUGAUUACUCUUCUCAACCCUGGUUUGCAGGUGGAAUGCUGCGAGUGCAGGCGGAGGCGACGCUUCUGAACAGGCAGAACAGCACGUACCUGGUGAGGCAUCGAGGGCACGACAGUAACGAGUACGCCAUCAGCAUCAAGUUUAACAACGACGUGAAACACAUUAAGAUCUUAACCAGAGACGGCUACUUCCAGAUCGCAGAGAACAGAAGGUUCAGGAGCAUCAUGGAGCUGAUUGAGUACUACAAACAUCACUCUCUAAAAGAAGGCUUCAGGACACUUGAUACAACACUGCAGUUUGCCUACAGAGAGCCAGAGAACGGAGGGAGCAUGUUGACUCCGAAGGUGAUCGGCGUGGCGACCGCUCGGUACGACUUCAGUUCUCGAGAUAUGAGGGAGCUGUCGCUGCAGGAAGGGGACAUCGUGAGGAUUUACAGCAAGUCCACAACUAACGGCUGGUGGAGGGGCGAGGUCAACGGCCGGGUGGGAUGGUUUCCCUCCACGUAUGUAGAAGAAGGAGAGGAGUGAAAAGCAGACCAACAAAAAGAAGUAAAAAAGACAUUUUUAUGUUUACAUGCUGAACCGGACUGAACCAUGGACUCGUCCUGAGACACGAGUUUGAACGGCGUCUCAUAGAAAUGUCUCAGCAGGGACACUCGGCGCUUCCCCAGAAUCCUCUGCUGUCAGCAAAACAGUCACCAGUGAAGGUGUUUAUGUGUGUGUGUAUUACUGUGAACGAUGGGAGGUAGUCAGAACCCCCACAGGUGUGUACGUCACUGUGUGUGAGUGUGUGUGUCUGUGUGUGUGUGUGUGUGUGUGUGUAUCUUUGACAUUGUCACUAAUCAGCUGGAUUUAUUGUGUGGAUGUUUGUGUUUUCUUUUCCUCCGAUGUUGCUGCUUAUCUAGUAAGGACAUGUUUAUCUGAUUUGAGAGACAGAGAGUGAGCUGAUAGAGCCACACACACACACACACACACACAGACUCUCACCUCUAGAUAGUACAUCCACUGCAUUUUUAAUCCAGUGUCCCGAUAGUAGAUGAUUGACAGCCCAUACUCCCUGCUCUUAUCUGACCCACUUUCCAGACACCAGAACCCCCAGCCAGUCCAUUUCAGCUCAAAACUGAAAUACAGAUUUAGAAUAAAUUAUAUUUUGACACCAGGUUUCACAGUCGUGUUACAGACGAGACUAAAAACACAACAGAUCGUAAAGGGCAUUUUGCCGAUAUUUAUUUAUCUCGUUCGUUCAGCGAUCUGGCUUGUGCGUCUCACAGCACGGCUGUAGUGUGGAGUUGAUGCCACUAGAUGGCACCAGCAUUAAUGGAUUAAUAAACCGUCUCACAUCCCUCCAUCACAUCAUAGCACAGCACUUUGCAGCCCUUAAAAAACUUUAACAUUCUCUCUUCGGCUUCUCCAAGUUGCCUUGUAUGCUAAAUCCUCAUUCCACUCACUGUCCACGUGGAUUAGCGACAUUCCCGAACAUUCCAGAACAAGGAACACUACCGGACAUUCCAUAGCAAUGAUUUAGAUUGCAAAAGUGCUUUGAAGUCUUUAUCAAUGAAAACACUGGUUCACUAGCUUACAGACUUAUAAUAAAAGAAGAAGGUCUUCACCUGUCGUUUGAAGAUGGCUCAGCUGUUCGGACAUCUCGGAAGUGCCAGAACAGAAAGAGUCUUGCUGUAUACUUCCCUCUUACCUUAAUCUAUAUUUUUGCUAGAACAUUCCAGACAACCAACCCAUUCUUAAUCCUCCCAAAAUACAGAAUCGAACAUAUAUAUCGUCACUAUCGGGCGGAAACCUCGUAUGUCCAAAUUUGGUCAAUUUCAUAUUUUUUCACAUAUCGAUGCUAUUGGUCAGUCCCCACGUGGGUCUGUUAUUUUUACAAGUUAUUAACCAAUCUAAAGUCUUGAAAAUAGCUUGAGUGCAAAUCUCAUAACUCCAUUGGACACUUCAACUGUCCACCUCUUCCUCACUCCGUGGGAGAGCUUCACGGCAUAUUUCUCCUCAAGAAGAGUCGCAACGAAUCAACACGUCUUCUGAGGUAAAUGUCUUCAAAACACUGGGCUCAAAGAAAAAAAAAUCUUGACCCCCGCUAGUUCUGGUGCUCGUCUGAGGACAGGAAUUUAGCGCAAGACAAUCCACUGCAACGCGGACUAAACCCUGUGCACUGCAGAUAAGGUACGGCGUUUUUUUAAUUUCCUGAAAGAUAACGGUUUUGGAGAUACGAGGAUUCCGUCCGACAGCGACGAUAUGGAACAUUAUAGAAAACCAAAUCCAUUCAGAAACAUACCUACGAAGACGUUUGCUAGAACUUCAGAGAAGAGCAACCCAUUCUUAAACAUGCUAGGAUCCUUAGCUGACCCAAAACAAUCUAAAAACAACUAAAACAAUCCAGAAUUCCGAUCUGUCCUAAAAACAUUCCAAAACGGCUACUAAAUCUUAGAUGUUCGAAAACAAUGGACCGUCUUGAUCCAAAUCAUCUACUUAAACGUUGGUCUUAAACAUUCCAGCACAUUGACCCGUCCUUCAAUAUUCCAGAAUAUCCAAGUAUUUCUCCUUCUGAGGUAAAAAGCUGUGUUACUUCAUUUGCCUCACCUGAUUAUCCCUGAGCUAAGGGCUUCGUUUCACUAACUGAACGCUUCGUUUGGUUUCUCACUCACGCAGCCUCUAAAAACAAAGGCAUUGGUUAAAUGCAGAGGAAUCAGAAUCAUGCCGUCGUUAUCUAUUUCUGAACAUCAUUGUAGCACAACAAUGUUAUUUGACAUAUAUAUAAUAAUCUGUGCUGUAUAUGUGUUACACCGACCAUUCGUUUGGACCGUCCUCGUCUCCUCAGCUACGCCUAUGAUGAACUGUGAUAAGAGUUCCUAUCUACCCACAAUCCCAUGCUUCUAUAUGUCAAUCUGUCAUUUCAGACAUGUCAGUGCAUGGAUCUCUCUCUCUCUCUCUCUCUCUCUCUCUCUAACUUGUGUGACCUUCCCACUGUGUGAAGAUGUUUAGAAGCCGAUAAUAUCCUCCCACGGGACCGCUGAAUAGAUAAACAUUAUGUAGUCAUCCCAUGUUCAAUGCUGCAUGUUUUCUUUUUUUUCUUUUUCUCGUGAUUAUAAAUUUGUAACCUUUUAACCAACCCGUUAGAGCUACUAACAGCACCACAAAGCUGUAGAUGUCUAUAAAGGACCUUGAAUAUUCUUUCGGUACUUUUACAACUGUUGUUCACCGAAGCCAAAGACCUGUGUGUGUGGGUGUGUGUGUGUGUGUGUGUUAAUGAGAGCCACAGUGGCCUGUGCAAUCCUGAAUUACUGCUGUGUUAUACUGUACAUAUGUAGAUAAUGCACAAUAAAGUUAUAUUGCUUGUUUUUA